CAGGAGGCGGGGCCGGCUCCGUAUAAGAAGGGACCGAGCGGGCGGCUGCGCUCCCAGGUCCCGCGACUUGCUGCCCCGGCCGGCUUCCAGCCUCCGUCCAGCCUCGCAGCCCGCAGGGGAAGCAGCGCCCGGCCCCCGGGAGGCGAGGCGAAGCGGGGCACCGGCAGCAGCAGGAGCAGCGCUUGCAGCACCAGCAGCACCACUACCAGCACUACCAGCAGCACUAGCAGGAGCAGCAGCAGCAGCCACCUGCGGAGGCUGGAGCUGCGGGCGGCGCGCAGCAGCAGCGGGUGGUGCCCCCGUCCCGGAGCCCCCUGGCCGCGUCCUUGCGGCGCCGCGUCCCGCUCGCCCAUGAGCGCCGCCGCCCUCUACAGCCUGGACUCGCCGGCAUGCUAUAGGAGCUGGUGCCUGGAGCCCGCCAACUUCUACGACGCCAAGGUGGGCAGCGGCGGCGGGCCGGGAGCCGCCUGCAAGCCGGGCGGCCGCGGGAUGAGCGGCGACGAGGCCGGCGGCGGCGGCGGAGGCCCCGGGGGCAGCGGCUCCAACCUGGCCGAGCUGAGCGCCGCCGCGCCGGCCAUGUACGAGGACGAGAGCGCCAUCGACUUCAGCUCCUACAUCGACUCCAUGUCGGCCGUGCCCAACCUGGAGCUGUGCAACGACGAGCUCUUCGCCGACCUCUUCAACAGCAACCACAAGCCCGAGCGGGGCGGGGAUUACGGCGAGUACCUGCCCGCCAAGGACCUGGGCGCCGCCGUCAGCACCCUGCUGGGCGCCGAGCCCCGCGCCGCCUCCGCCUCCUCCUCCUCGUCCUCCUCCUCCUCCUCCUCGGCCGCCUCCUCCGCCUCCUCGUCGUCGUCGUCGUCGUCGUCCUCCCGCGGCGCCCUGAAGCAGGAGCCGGACUGGAGCGACAGCGACCUCUCCUCGUCGCUGCUGCCCUCGCAGAUCGCCACCUGCGCCCAGACCAUCAUGAACCUGAGCGGGCAGCCCACGCCGCCCACCUCCCCCGAGCCGCCGGGCAGCAGCUCCCCGUCCAGCUGCAGCACCCGCUCCCCGGCUCCCCCCGGGCCCCCCCUGCCCUCCUCCGGUCCCGGGGGGGCUCCGGCGGCGGCGGCCGGGGGCAAGGAGCGCGGCGGCAAGAAGUGCGUGGACAGGUUUAGCCCCGAGUACCGGCAGCGCCGGGAGCGCAACAACAUCGCCGUGCGCAAGAGCCGCGACAAGGCGAAGCGGCGCAACCAGGAGAUGCAGCAGAAGCUGCUCGAGCUCUCGGCCGAGAACGAGAAGCUGCACAAGAAGAUCGAGCAGCUCACCCGGGACUUGACCAGCCUGAGGCACUUCUUCAAGCAGCUGCCCGGCGCCUCCUUCCUGCAGCCCGCCGCGGGCACCGACUGCCGGUAACCGGGGGGGGAGCCCGGGGGGACCGCAGGGACGGCCGCCACGGGGCCGUGGCUGGAUGCACACAUACCUCAGGGGCCGCGGGGCCGAGCCGCGGGGCCGCGCAGCCCCGGGCCGGGCGAGGAAGACGACGAGGAGGAGGAGGAGGAGGAGGAAGGAGCAGCCGCGGUGGAGCCCCCGCCGGUGCGCGGGCCGCUUCCCGAGUGCCGUGGCGACGCGGGGCGAUGCCUGGGUCUUUCACCGCGAAAAACUCAAACCAAAAAAAAAAAAACCCACCCACCCCACCCCUCAAAAAAAAGGAGGAAAAAAAAGCUAAACGCCUUUCGUUUUUUUCCUCUCCCCUUAAAUUAUUUUUGUAAUGGUAGUUUUUUUUUUUUUCUUUUCUACAUUUUACUUGUACUGAUGCAGCUAUGGUACACCUGUUAAAAUGAUUCGAAGCCUUCAUGUAUUUUAGACGGUAGGAUGACAAAGACUGAGCAUGCCUGACCUUUUAUAUCGAUUUUUACAGCAUUUCUAAUAAUAAUAAUAAAACAACAAAACAAAAAAAGCGUUUGAAACCAAGUCUGCUCUCGUC